AUAUUUAUGUAAUUUCAAAAAUAUCAUCCCUGGUUUAUUUUUCUAUUAAAUUUACAUUAAUUCUUACAUUUAGAACUUAAAGAAAUACCUUAAUAUUAUAAAUAAUGGGCACCGUAUAUGCUAAGGCUCCAGAGAACAACUCAGGGAUGUAUGAUUUUGAUGAAAGUAUAAAUUUCGACGAGCCCAUACAAAAACCAGCUAUAAAACUCAAUGGCAUAAGAGCUCGAGUGGAUAAGGUGCAUGUGGAUGGCCUGGGCCGCACCAAAGAUGACAUUAUAAAGGCCACAGUGGAUGAUCUCUUCCAGGCCACUGACUUUGAGGAUGUUAUUAUGAGGGCACAUAAGGUUCGUCGUGCCUUGGACUCAAUGGGAUGUUUUAAAGAAAUUGGUGUUUUCAUUGAUGUCUCCAAUGGUCCCGGAGCAACUCCAGAAGGUUUAGAAGUAACAUUCCAAGUGAACGAAUUAUCGCGUGUCGUUGGCGGCGUCAACACUACCGUCAGCGAAAAUGAAGGAAACCUUGUAGUCGGUGUGAAGUGUCCGAACGUGGCGGGUCGCGGGGAACGCGUGUCGGCGGAGUACAGCAUGGGACACCGCAGCACCAGCAACUUUAGCCUCACCGCCACCAAGCCCUACCCGCACCAGGCCUAUGUGCCCGUGUUGUCGGCGUCGAUAUACCAGCAGAACCACCAGUACCCGUGGUCAGGGUACAAGCUGCUGGACCGCGGGGUGCUGCUCGACGUCGCCUUCAGGACCUCACCCUCGACAAAACACAACAUCCAGUGGGAGGGCCUGGUCCGCGACACGUCGGUGCUCAGCAAGAACACCAGCUUCAAGGUCCGCGAGAGCAGCGGUCCCCAGAUGAAGUCUGUGGUCCGUCACAUAGUGGGCGUGGACCACCGGGACGAGGCGAUAUUCCCGCGGCGCGGCGCCUGGGUGCAGUUCACGAGCGAGCUGGCCGGCCUCGGCGGCGGCGUCGCGCACCUCAAGACCGAGCUGCAGGCGCAGGCCAACAAGGAGAUCGCGCCGGAUAUGGUACUCCAAUGGACGGUGGCGGGAGGGGUUCUCCACGACGUGUACGGCACAGACAUAUCCGACCGCUUCUACCUGGGCGGGCCGGCGUCUCUGCGGGGCUUCGCCCAGCGGGGCGCGGGCCCCCGGGCCGACGGGCUCGCCGUGGGCGGCUCCGUGUUCUGGGCUUCCGGGCUGCACCUGUACACGCCGCUGCCCUUCCGCCCCGGCAAGGGCGGGCUCGGCGAAUUAUUCAGAUCGCAUUUCUUCGUCAAUGCGGGUUGUCUGGCGCAUCCAGAGGAGACGGGCGAGAGUCACGCCACAGCGCUGCAGGACGCGCGCGUGUCGUGCGGACUGGGCGUGGCGCUGCGGGUGGGGGGCGUGGCGCGCUUCGAGCUCAACUACUGCGUGCCGCUGCGCGCGCGCACCGCUGACGACACCGCGCAGGGCCUGCAGUUCGGCAUCGCUGCUAACUUCCUAUAGGUAGCGCCGAGAACCUCUGACGGGAACUAGAGCGGAUAACUAACACAUAGUUAUCAGGAGCAGUUAAAUGAGCGAGCAAUGAGCAUUCUAUGGCCUCUUUUUAACUUCAGAGUUUCGAAUUGCUAUGCAUUGAAAUUGUUUUAGGCUUCAUACAUUUAAAAGGUUACAAUUAAUGUAAUUACUAUAAAUACAUAAAAAGUUUUGUAAAGUAACAUUUACAACAUUUUUAAUAAACAAAAAACGUUCGAAUCGCGUAAGAGGCACAUUAGGCAAUGAUAAACUUCGAAGUUCGAAUUCUAUAAAAAUGCAGAUUUUUUAAUUUUACGUAUUAUGUGAAAAUCUGUUGUAACUUGUGACAUUGUUAUUAGAAACUGUAAAUUAAUAAUAUUCAUGUAUGUAAAUUAUUAUUUGUGUUUGUAAGUAUAGGAUAGAAAUGUUGAGAUAAAACUUGUUUUAUGUUUA